AUGGAUAUAGAACGUGCUGCAGGUGUCUUAAUUUUUAGAAAGAUUAAUGAUACUGUUGAAUAUUUGAUACUACAAGCUUCUUAUCCACCUUAUCAUUGGACACCACCCAAAGGUCACUUAGAUCCAGGUGAAGAUGAAUGGACAGCUGCAUUAAGAGAAACAAAAGAAGAAGCAAACAUCUCUCCUGACCAGUAUGAAAUUUACAAAGAUUUUGAUUACGUUAUGAAGUAUGAUGUUAAAGGACGACCAAAAACAGUACGUUAUUAUUUAGGAAAAUUAAAAAAUGCUGAUUCAGUAACAUUAUCACAUGAGCAUCAAAAUUCAAAAUUUUGUCAACUUGAUGAAUGUAUAAAGUUAACAGGAUUUCCUGAAAUGGAAGAUUUAUUAAGGAAAGCUAGUGAUUAUAUUUCAAAGAAUAUUUGA